AUGUCCUCCCGAAGCAGCGUCUACGUCCACCAGGGCAGCUCUGCCAGCUCUCCCAGCCGUCCCAGCUCCUCUGCCUCCUAUGGAUCGUCUGAUUCCCGCUCUGUUUCAAACCGCCGCGAGUACGAUGCUGCAGGACAUUCCGCCCAAGUCGUCCGUUCCGCCAGAACUGUAGUCAUCAACCACAACAGGAAGGACUAUGAGAAGGACUCCCCUUCUCCUCGCUAUGGCGGUACCUACCAGUGA